AAGAUCUUCCGAGAUACGACGUGCGCAAUUGCCAUGGACAGCUACCGUGUCUGCAGUCUUGCCUUGAUCUGCGCAGCUUUCAUUUUCAACACUUUCUGCCGAGGAGUUGAGUUGGAUUCGAGGUCUUUGCAACAUUUUCCACAACAAGAAUAUAAUUCCAACGAAAAGGAGUUGAUACAUGCCUUACAAGGAGUCCUCGAAAAACUGAAAAACAAUAGAUUUCCACUUUACGGGAAGAAACAUGGACAAUUGCCAAUGUGUGAAGCAGGGGAUCAGUGCGCUCUGCGGAAAGGCGCCAGGAUCGGAAAACUCUGUGAUUGUCCGUACAGAAUAUCCUGCAAUUCAUUUCUGCUCCGGUGCUUGUGAUUAUCUGUCCG